CGAAGCUAGCCGCCAGUGUGUCGCACACCAGCUCGGCGUACGCUCUCGUUUCUUUCAUCUUGCUCGUGUGUUUUCGUGUUGAGAGGAACGAGCGCGCGGAACCAUGCUGCUGGACGCUGGUUGAGCCGCGAUCUCCGUCGAGUCGUGUGGAAAAAUAUCAGUCGACGAAGUCGUUUGCACGUGGACACUGUGUUUUCUUAAUAAUCUGUGGUCGUGGAGAAAACGAUCGAUAUAGCCGUUCCAUGGAAAUAUGUAUUCCGAGUCUUUGAAAGAUGGUUUAGAGAAAGGGUGAACGACGGGGUUCGACGAGCUCUCGUCAUAGGGGAUUCUUUUGCGUUCGACAGUUUCUUUACUUUCCUUUAGAGUCGAUCGAUGGAUCGAGUGGAUUAAAUAUCGUUCGUUUCGUCGAAUACCUGUUACGUACGUGCGACCGUCGAAUCGGCGAGUUCGAAGUCGAUACAGACGACGACAUUUUGAUCGCAGACGAAUUUCAGACAGCGUAUAAGGCUGAAUGACCCCUACGACGGAGCAAGGCAGAAGGAAGUUCGAACGAGUAACUUUGUAACGAUUAUUCGCGAUUUGUAUAUCGCGUGCGAUGUUUUUUAAAAAAUCUUUGCCACACUCGGAAGAAACUUUGACUUAGAUACAGAGAGAUCGAUUAGGCACCCCGUAAAGGUUAAGAGGAUCGAACGAUAGACGAAUCUUUAAGCUUUUGCCACUUUUUCUGUCGUCAAGAAGAAGAGAAGGAGUUUAAGGUGAAGGGGAGAAAAAAUGCAAAGGAGUGUGAAAUCGGAGUGAAAGACCAGCGAGUGACUGACCGGUGGUAUAUAUACGCUGGAAAACAAGGGUCGAAGGAAAGGAGGAUUUCGCGAGCAAGGAGACGGCCAGGGAGAGAUGCAGUGGCGUCGACAGCGAAAGGUUAUCCACGUGAUCGGCUCCUCCAAACACGUUCUACUUUUAGCGAGGUACCAAGACGCUCCACCCGGCGAAGAGGACGAAGAAGAGGGAUUGCGAAACGGUUACGCGAAGAGAGAGGAAAAUGACACGCACGGUUUCAACAGUAGGUUCGGACAGAGCGGGUACAAGCCGCUUAGAGCCGGAAGUAGCAACGGUGGAGCCUACGCCGGUGCCGCGGCUAAGCACAAGGACUAUUCGUCCGGCUCGACGUCCCAACCCAAGAUUAUCUUCAACGAGGAUGAGUACACGAGGAUCACGACACCGAGGCAGGAUAUGCUGUUCAAAAAGGGUUAUCUGUCGAAGAAGAAGCCGUGGGCUGGGAACGCGAACACCAGCGCGACAUCCUCGACCACCGAGAGCCAAUCGGCGUCGCAUUCCACCGCAGAUGGCAGUGAAACGACAGAGGAUCAACAACUGUUAGACAGGGACUGUGCUACCGGUGAAUACGCGCCAGUGAUGGAUUCGAACACGCAGUUAGGAUAUGGCACGUUUUACGACCACGUGGGUGGUUACUAUUACGAGUAUCCCGUGAUGCUGGUUGGUCCUGCGCCGAUGGCAGCGCAGGCUGCGCCCAGCGUCCUGGCGGCCAUGCCUUGCGCGCCGGUACCUCUUAGGCCGAUCCAAUGGGUCAAUUCGACGAUCGUGCCCAAACUGCCUGGUGAACCUUACUGUAUGAUAAAUUACGAGAACAAUCAAUGUAUGGAAGAGAGCGCGGCGGUAGUGGAAGAGCAAGAAGAUACGAUUGUACCAAUGGAGAGUACCGGCAGUAUGUGGAACGAGAAUGGGACAAGAAGCAAUUACGGUGGUAACGUAGAUGGGGAAAUGGACGACGAGCAAUCUAUAAUUUUUAUCAACGCGAAAGAGGGACAGCAGGUCCCGAACCUGGUCGACGAACAAGAGGAGGAAAGACUGGAGGAACAAUACGAGGAUGAACAACGGGCGGAAGAACAGCCUUUGGAGAAUGGGAUGAACGGUGGUGCCUACUUUGAUCCGAUGAUGAUGCAGGAUCCGGUACAGGUUUCGCACGUGAUACCAACGGUUCCUCAGCCUUACAUGUAUCCUGGCCACUACAUGUUUGGUCCUCCUUUGAUCAACGUAAAUGGUGUAACGGUACAGAGCGGGCUAAUGAUCAGAACCACGGACUUUGCGACCAUGUCAGCGGCCAUGACAGCGGCCUGUGCCAAGCGAAAGAAGAAAAAAAAGAGAAGGAGACAGAGAAGAUUUGCUACGGGUAACACGGAAGACGAGGAGGAAGGAGAGUACAGUUCCGAGUGUGAUACCGGCCUACCGUCUUCCGAACUGUCCUGGACAGUGUGUUCAACAACGGCCACGGCCACGGUCACGACCACGACCACGACCACGACCAGCAAUCGGCCGCUGAACCCCGAGUGUCAGGAGUUUCAGCUGCGACGUACCGUUGAACCACGUACCCCGCUACCCAUCGUUUCACCAUCCGCCAACAACACACCUACGUCCGAGAUCAGCUCGACGAUAAAUCAACCGAGCGCGUUAUCGUCGGAUGCUAACUUGGUAGACAACGAGUCGAACGCGGUAUGCAACGGUGUCAUAUCGGACGACUCGAAGAACCAAAACGACGAUUUGUCUGAUAACGGCAAGUCUGACCAGCAACUAGAACCGACGUCAACUUCGUUAGAAGACAGUCGAUCGAAGUCGCUAGAUACGUUUAUCGGUUCAGAUAACGAAUCGAAUAGACUGACCAACUGCCUCCCCGGGGACGAGGAGACAGCUCUUUCGACAGACGAGGUCGCGAACGAAGCGACUGACGUCGACAAACUGCCAAGCAUUACCGAAGCGGCGAAUAACGAUUGUCCGAGUGCCAACGAGCUAUGCGAACGACCGAGCAACGAAAUGAACGGAGAGACCUUGACGAACGGAAACCUGGACUCCGACUCGAGCAGCAAGAACGCAUCGAUGACCACGUCGAGGCCGUUGUCUCCUGUAUUUGACGACGAAAUGACGAGAUCCGGAUCGAUCACGCCGAAGAGCGUGGAGAAUGCGACGUUUCGCGAGGAUCAGAAUCACGAAUCUUUAUCGAGCAGCAAAUCAUCGUCGUCGACUAGUCUAUCCAAGAGAAAGUACAGCGCGAAGGGUAGCAAGUUCGUGAGGGAACCGACACCUGGUCCGGACUUAAACAGCAUCACGCCGCCAGCAGAGAACGAAAGGAAGAUACACGAUCUGACUGAGAACGUGCAAAAGAUCGAUCUGUCGAACGAUACGAAGCUAGACUGCCAGUUCGAAUCUCGUGAUAAGAAAGCGACGAAAGUGGAUCAGAUAUCGAGUAAGUUUGCGACAAAGACCACGGUACGCAAUCUCGUAAAUAAGGAGACUAUCGAGACGACGAACGAAGACUCUGGUUUCGAGAGCCAGACGCAACUAUCCGAUUAUCCGAUCACGCAGGCGGUGACGGAGUGGCUACGUAAAGAGAAGUCGCCAGAUUUGUUCAUUGCGUCGGCCAUUUCGAUGGACUGCGAGGAGGACGAGGACGAUAUGGACCAAGAGCCGUCAAAAAACUUGCAAAGCAACCCCAUACUUGCACUAUCUGCUAGUAGCGGUGCGGACGAUACGGCAUUGUCGCGCACAGCUAUCUGCGGGGAAUUCGCAGGGCUCGGUAACAUCAAGAGUGGACAAGAGCAACAGCAGCCGGAUGGUAGCAACAACAGUUGUGCUUCGAGAAGGAAGAAGGACGCGAAGAGAAGGUCGGAGGAACGGAGACGAGUGGCAAGGCACGUGGUGAUUGGCAAAGUGGACCACGAGAUGGUGUCCUCGUCAGAUUCUUGCGGCCAACAGGAGGACUUGGCGAACAUCGCUAGGAGGAAAAAUCUGGCUAAACAACAGCAACAGAAUGUUGUUGACGAUAUUUGCGAAUUUACUGAGAAGGAUAGCGUUGCGGGUGUGAGGGUUGCUUCAAGUUCUCGGAUAGACUCGAAGAGAGUCAAUGCAAGGCGAACGAAAAGACAAGGGAAGCCGCACGCGCGGAAUCCCUCCAAUAAUAUCGAUACGAAGAUUCGACAUACAGAGGAUGUGGAUGACGAGGACGACGAUGGGAUUGUCGAGGACGACGAUGGGAUUGUCGAGGACACGAUGAACGUGAGGACCUUCGAAAAAGGAGAGAUCAUAGUCUCGGAAGAUGGAAAGUUGUUAACGUGUUCCACGUACGAACCGAGCCUACGAAAAUGUCACGAUACUGUCACGACGAUCAAAGCCCCUAACAAGAGUGAAACGGGUAAACAAACAACGGAGAGGAAGAUAGAGGAAGAGAGAAAGAGGAGCAGCAGCAUCGAGGAUGAAAAGAGCGGUAGCGGAAUAGAUUCCUUGGACAGCAUAGAAGAGCCUGACGUGUUAGAAUGCUGGGAAACUGAGAUCAUCGAGCCUCUGGUAACUCCCAAGAGAAUGUUGCAAAGCGAGGGAAUAGUAUGCGAAGGAGAAGCCGCGGAGGACGAUACCAUCGAGGUUGAACAGAUUAACGUGGACUACGUGCAGAAAUACUAUCGAUUGGCACGCGAGAGCGCUACGAGCAUAGAGGAGAUCAGUUUGAAAGCAGAUCCGCCAACUUCGUCGAGAUCAGUGCCAAAUAUGUCUGAGCGGAAGGAAGAGAUUCCAGCGCAGAACGAGCCCGUUAAAGACAAAGGCGACAUGCCUAUCGACGAAGCUUUUGAAGUAUAUGAAAGCUGUUACACCGGCAACUCACCGUUUCUGGCAAUGGAUUCGAAAGUUUUCAAAUUACGAACGUUGUACGGUCAGGAAGGCGAGACCCCGAUACCAUGCAAGACGGUUUGUUGCCAGAUUCAAUAAUUUUUACUGACAGCCUCGUUUACAAACAUAAACCUCCACAGGGACACUUUUAAAGUACCGAUGUCAAGGCCGUCCUCUUCUAAGUAUCAUAAGCCUCUGACAUUGUACUCUUCGCUGAUUUAUAUACAUAUAUCGCGUACACGUUUUCACGGAGAACGUGUGUAUCCAUCGUACUGUCGUUAUAUUUUUCAUUAAUAUUAAUAUUAAUAUUAAUAUUAUUAUUAUUAUUAUUAUUAUUAUUAUUAUUAUUAUUAUUAUUAUUAUUAUUAUUAUUAUUAUCAUUAUCGUUAUUACUACUAUUAUUAUUAUUAAUAUGCGUUCGAUAGUCGCGUCGAGGAAACUAUCGAAAGAUAAGAGAUACGAAAGGAAAUUAACCCUGUGGAUCGACAUCGAGUGCGCAAGUUUGUUGAAAGUUAGAGGCAUGCUCAAAGCCAGCGGAUAAUAAUAUAAUGAAAAGCCUACGUAUCGCUGUUCAUUUUUGUAAAUAGCUUUUAAGAGGUCGCUCUCGCAAAUCCUGUUUCAUGGAUAAUUUUCGUUGAGAUGUUAUAUGCAUGAGAGAGCGUAUAUUACUUACGCAUAUGAUAUUGUUGACAUUAUCGUCAAUACGUAAAUCGGUGCACAUAUUCUUCUUUUCCUUUCUUUCUCGUGUUCAUUCUCUUCUUCGUUUCUCAUCUUAUUUUCUUCUGUUCUUUAAAUUUUACCAAAUGAGAAGAGAUUCGUUAUACAAUAUGAUAUAUCGUUUAAAAGAAAUCGAGCUUAUUAAGAUUCAAAGAAUAUAAUCGCUGCUUUGGAUUGUAUAAAAAUACAAUGAAUCGUAAAGUCUGAACUAUACGAAAUAGAGAAAACAAACAUACGCCAACAACAGAAAUAUGUUCAAAACAUACUACGUUACAUUGUCGUUUCUGUUCUCGGUCUAAUACUUUAUAGAUAUUACGUACCCGCGCGCGCGCACACACACGUACACACACGUACACACACGAAGUAUAUUACAUCAAAAUGACUAAGGCAUAUUUUUUACAAAACUAAUUUCGUAAAGUUUAAAACGUAAGUUUUAAAGGACGAAAACUUAACAAAAAGAAAAAGAAGCACACUAGUAUAUCGUUCCACGCACCACGUAGCCUUAAAUAGCCUUUUGCAUAGGAAAGUUACAGCUGCUUCUAAAACCAUCAUGUGCACCGAUCAUUUCAAAAGAUUCCUAAGUAAGCAAAAGUCGUACUACCCUUUGGGGAAUUGGAGAACGAUUCAGUAAUCGAGCUACGCUUUACGUAAAUAUUACGACAGUCAUACAGAAUACAGUAAUAACGAGCUAGGCAAAGGAUAUAGUUGUUCAAGAGGCAAUGGAUUGGUUAAAGAAGGAAGCUAUUUAACUGUACCGUAGCUGUUACGAGGUAAUGUAAGAUGUAUAUAGAUAAACUUAACGUGAAGGAUUAUUAAACUCUAUUGGUUUUCAUUGAACGGGUAAAAGAAAUAUAAGAUGGAGCACGUUGUUUCGCAAUAGAUAUUUUGAAUUUGAAAUAGAACAGAUUUUACUCGUACCCAUGAAUAUACACAGUACAGAAAUUGCACUUGUUACAACAUAGUUCAUGCUUUAGUUGAGUUGUGUCAAGUAGAUCGAAUACCUCAGUUUGCAUAUUAUGUAAGUUGUCCGAUAGACGUGGUUCGUGAAAAAAAAAAUCAUUUAUAUAUAUAUAUAUAUACAUACAUAUAUAUAUAUAUAUAUAUAUAUAUAUAUAUAUAUAUAUAUAUAUACAUACACAAACACACACACACACACCCCAUAUCAUAAGAUACCUGUAUAUACAAAACUACUCAUCAUCCAGUCAUUAUUAGUAACACCAAGUAUGAUAAUAAUAAUAUUAAUUAUUAAUAAUACUGAUAAUAAUAAUAAUAAAACUAUUAUCACAACAGCAAUAUAGGCACAAUAGUUCCUGCGAAGCUUUAGAUUCCAUAGGCAUUAUAUACGUAAACACAAUAUCCAGGACGAUCCAUACACUGAUAGAAAUUCAUUGACAUCCAGUGGCACUUAAAGAUAGAUAUAUCGCUAUAUUAAAUACGCGUUGCAUCAAUUGUGUGCCUUAUUCCGCGGCUAUCAUUUUUGUAAGCAUUUCACAGUAUUCUCUUCGAUGAGAGAGUAACGGCUAUCGAGUGAUUUAUGUAACAGAUAAAAUUUCGUGAAAUCGUAAAAUGACGAUGCGGAGCUGUUGUUAAGUUCCAUAAUAAUUACGAUGAUGCUGAUGAUGAUGAUGAUGAUCGUUUUAUCUAGGCAUGCAUACAAAACGGAUAUAUUGAUUUUUUCAUACAUCAAUUAACAUGUUCAUCAAGUAUUUACAACUGAUGUGCAUACAUUCAUAAGCAUGAAAGCAUUAACAUUGCAUCUUACACGAGACAUGUUAUCGCAUACUUACAUUUUAGGCGAAUUAAAGCAAACGUGUAAGGAACAAAUGUACUUGAAUUUUGCUGUUUGUUUUCGCUUAAAAAAUAAUGAAUAAAAUGUUUCAAUUAA